GAGAACCGUUGUACCUAGGCAUUAGGGCACACAUCCUGCAUUGAUUUGCAGUUUGCACAGCACCAGGGACUGGAGAGGAAUUUUGUGGAGCUUUAGCUCUGAGCAGUUUGAUACCAGCGGAAAAGAACGACUGAUGAGGAAUCAGCUUGCCUUUAAACUGUGCUGGGUUUCAGGCAUGUGAUGGCAGUUUGCUGUCAUUUUUUUUUUCUUUUUUUUUUUCUUUUGAGCUGUAGCAGCAGACUUCUAUGCCGCGCCUGAACACAAUCCCUGCAUGCAUUCCCUCCCUCUCUGUUUCUCUUGGCUCUUGUUAAACUCUACGGCUUGUCUUGUGGGACCUUUCCAAUGAGAGAGAGCGCGAGAGAGAAAGGAACACCACUGAUUUCUCUACAGUGCAAAUUGAGCAUGAAAUGGGCAGUGUGGAAACGGCUAACAGGGCUAUGGAGGCAGAUCUUAAAUGCUAUUCAUAGGCACGUUCAUCUGAAGAAGCAGCGGCACCAGGAAGAGAGGAGAGUGAGUGAACUGAAUGUGGGGAGUUUAAUUUGAUUUUGCUAGCUUGGAGUUCUUGCAUUUCGGCACUAAUGCCUAGAAGGUUUUUUCAAUUAGCUGCUGGGAAGCUACGGAGAGACCUGGAACUGUUAGGCCUUGGCUAGGGAUCCCAUCCAUGGAAAGAAUAGAUCAUUGUAGCAGGGCUUUCGCUCCCGGAGGAACAGAAUGAAGUAACAAGAAACGGCUGUGAAUCCAAGGAACUGGUCUACCUGGUACAGAUCUCUUGUCAGGGGAGGAGCUGGAUCGUGAAGCGGAGUUAUGAAGAUUUCAGAGUACUUGAUAAACAUCUUCACCUAUGUAUUUAUGACCGGCGCUUCUCCCAGCUCUCCGAGCUACCCCGCUCCGAUGCCCUGAAGGACAGUCCGGAGCUUGUCACCCAGAUGCUGAUGGCUUACCUGUCACGUCUCUCAGCCAUCGCAGGCAACAAGAUAAACUGUGGGCCUGCUCUCACAUGGAUGGAGAUUGAUAACAAGGGGAAUCACCUGCUAGUCCAUGAGGAAUCAUCCAUUAACGUUCCUGCUAUUGCUGCUGCCCAUGUUAUUAAGAGAUAUAUUGCUCAAGCAGCAGACGAACUGUCCUUUGAGGUGGGAGACAUAGUGUCUGUUAUUGAUAUGCCACCAAAGGAGCUGACCACAUGGUGGAGAGGCAAACAUGGAUUUCAGGUUGGAUUUUUUCCUAGCGAGUGUGUUGAACUAAUUAAUGACAAAGUUCCUCAGUCCGUGACCAAUUCUGUGCCAAAACCAGUCUCCCCUGCCCACGGAGCCCGUCCAGCGUCCUGGAGCUACUUCCCCCCUUAUUUGGAGAUGGAUAGUGUAAAGCCAGGUUCUGCAUAUGUUACAGAGGCUCUGAACCAGUCCCAGCUGAGCUCAGUGUCGAAAAAACACGGCAAGCUCAUCACCUUCCUUCGUACAUUCAUGAAGUCGCGCCCAACAAAACAGAAACUGAAACAGCGGGGGAUCCUGAAGGAAAGGGUGUUUGGCUGUGACCUGGGAGAGCAUCUUCUCAACUCUGGCCAUGACGUCCCCCAGGUCCUCAAGAGCUGCACUGAAUUCAUUGAGAAACAUGGCAUUGUGGAUGGAAUAUAUCGUCUGUCUGGGAUCGCAUCCAACAUCCAGAAGCUACGCCACGAGUUUGACUCCGAGCAGAUUCCUGACCUGACAAAGGAUAUUUACAUCCAAGACAUUCACUGCGUGGGCUCCCUCUGCAAACUGUACUUCCGCGAACUCCCAAACCCUCUGCUGACCUAUCAACUCUACGAGAAGUUCUCGGAUGCUGUUUCUGCUGCUACAGAUGAAGAACGGUUGGUUAAAAUCCAUGAUGUCAUCCAACAGCUGCCCCCUCCUCACUACAGGACACUGGAGUUCCUAAUGAGACACUUAGCUCGUCUAGCUGAUUACUGCUCCAUCACAAAUAUGCACACUAAGAACUUAGCAAUCGUCUGGGCUCCAAACCUCCUAAGAUCAAAGCAGAUAGAGUCUGCCUGCUUCAGUGGAACAGCUGCCUUCAUGGAGGUGCGGAUCCAGUCAGUAGUUGUGGAAUUCAUCUUGAACCACGUGGACGUCCUCUUCAGUUCCAAACUCAGCUCAGUCAUACGAGAUGGAGCAGGGCACAGUUCCUUAUCACGGCCCAAGUCUCUGUUGGUGUCCUCUCCUUCCACAAAGCUGCUCACGCUGGAAGAGGCACAGGCACGGACACAAGCCCAGAUCAACUCUCCCAUCGUGGCAGACAGCAAAUACAUAGAAGUGGGAGAAGGCCCUGCAGCUUUACAGGGGAAAUUCCACACGGUCAUAGACUUUCCAUCUGAAAGAAAAAGACCGCCCAGCAAGAUGAAGAAGUCGCCAGUUGGCAGUUGGCGUUCCUUCUUCAACCUGGGAAAAUCAUCUGUGUCCAAACGCAAACUACAGCGCAAUCCCAGUGAGCCCUCAGAAAUGAAAGCCAUAGCCCUGGCAGGUGGACGAGGAGACAGUGGGACUCUUCGCUCAGCUAAAAGCGAAGAAUCGCUUACCUCUCUGCAUGCUGUUGAUGGUGAAUCUAAACUGUUUCGACCCAGAAGACCUAGGUCCAGCAGUGAUGCAUUGUCUGCUUCCUUCAACGGAGAGCUCUUAGGAAACAUGAAUCGCUGCAAUUCUUAUGACAACCUUCCCCACGACAACGACAGUGAUGGGGACGAGGGGCUCAUCCACGUUCCUGCCCUGAUUUCUCCUCGAUCUGCUGAAGACGUUGACCUGAGCCCACCAGAUAUUGGAGUCGCUAGCCUGGAUUUUGACCCAAUGUCUUUUCAGUGCAGCCCACCCCAAGCAGAGUCCGAGUGCCUGGAUAGCAGUACCUCCCUGCUGGAGUCAGUCGGUAUAAAUAAGGAGAAGCCAAGCCUAGUAAAGAAGGAUUUAGAAUCAGGCAGCCAGUCCCAGACACCAGGCAGUGCCACGAGCUCUGAGCCAGUUUCCCCUUUCCAAGAGAAGAUGAGCCCCUUCUUUACUCUGGACCUGAGCCCAACCGAAGAGAAGGCCUGCAAACCCCAUGCCUUUUCACCCAAGAUGGGGCGAAAGCCCAUCAAAUCUCCACCGCUGACUACAUCAGAACCCGUCUCCUUCACACUGCCCAGCCGCGUGUCAGAAGCGACUGGAGGAGUGCCCAUCGCAUCCAGAAACGCCUCUGCUUCCAGCUGGAGCAAAGGGAUUGGCAUCACUGAAAUCACAAACAGGUCCCCAACCCAGAUGUCCUUGCCCCUGAAAAACAGUGAAACAGGAGCAGGGGAAGGAACCCACCAAGAGCUACAGCAUGCCCAGCUAGUGGCUGCUGGCAAACCCGAGUUGCCAGAAGAAGGGGAGAGACCAAUGUCAAGCAGUCAGAAUAAGACUGUACCCACUGGACACACACAGCCAGGAGCAGUUGCCCUCGACUCCCCCCAGGAUCCUGUUCCCGUCAGUUCUGUGUCUCUUAUCCCUCCUCCUCCUCCGAAAAAUGCAGCGCGCAUGCUAGCCCUAGCGUUAGCCGAGUCCGCACAGCAAGCAUCUGCUCAGUCUCAGAAAAGGCCAGGAGAUGCUCAUUCUGAAAGCACAAAUUACGGAGAGACUGAAGCUGGCACAGCUCUAGAAAAGCUCCAUCUCUCUGCUGGUGCUCCAGACAAGCUCCACCUGUACACUGGUCUGCCCGAGAACCGACUUCACUUCCAGACUGGUGCACCAGUAGAGCAGGAUUUCCAAGGUAGCAGCACACCCGGGGAGCAGAACCACCCACCAGGUGCACCUGGAAACCAGGACCCCCCACCUCUCCACACUGGCAUGCCUGGGGACAUGCCUGAUAGCAGAGAUGCGGAGCAGGAGCAGUCCAGCUUCCAUCCUGGUAAACCGGGGGACAAAGAUCACUUCCCCUCCCAUGCUGGAGACUGGGAGCACACACACCACCAUACUCCACCUGCACUGCCUGACUGGGAACCACCCACAACAGACUUGUCCAUAGAUAAGCCCCACCUCCGUGCAUGCGUGUCUGGGGACAAGCACCACAUUCCUAUCUGCACAGCUGAUGACAAACUUCAGUCUCCUCCUGUCGUAACUGCCGGGGAGAAAAGCACCCCCCUGGCUUCAAUGCCGUAUUUAACCACCAUCCAGACAACAGCAGCUGAGCCUAACCACGGGCCAGCCGGUCCAGCCACGACUCAGGCAGACGUCGCCAUUACAGCUGCGCAGCGCACGCUCACAGCCAGCCAGCCAGCCCCCUCGCAGAGGCAAGAUCACCAGUCAGCAAUGGGACAAGUGCCAGCGGCCUCUGCAAAAGCAUCGAGUAGUAGUUCCAGUCAGGUUUGGGGUGCAACCGCACCUGAAAAGCCACCUGAGCCUGCUCCUGUUUUUGUCUCAGAAAGCAGUUCUACCACCCACUGCUCCUCUUCUGUGCCCACGGGCCACCAGAGCCAUUUGGAAAAGCCUCGGGAGACUACAAGGGCUCCCCCACUGCACCUGCGGUCCGAGUCCGUCCCUACUCACUCCUCCUACAGCUUUACACCCCCCGUCCCACCUGUGAGAACGCUGGAGAGCAAAAUUGCUGCUGCCAUGCACUCGAACAACACAGACACCAUCAACAACUCCAAUUAUCACACCUUCCUCUCUUCCUCCAUGCUGGCUUCCUCCAUGGAGGAAGCCCUGCUGCCACCACCACCACCACCGCCCCCACCCAAGCACGCUUCCCUGCAGUCCGUGUACGUGCCGCAUCCCAAGCCAGAGAGCAUCCCCGAGCCCUCCGGGCCAGACGGCUACCUGCACCACAAGCUGGCUUCCAUCCAUCAGUACAGGCCCGAGAGUGUUCCUCCUCACAUCUCCUACCACAGCAAGCCUGACCAGCACCAAGCCUACCCUCCUCGGUCAGAGACGCCCGCUUCUGCGGGCACUCGCUACAACACCUACACGACCCAGGGGAAGAGCACCUCAGCUCUCAACCCCAAGCCUCGCAGCCGGACAGAGUUUGUGUCCUCCGUGAGCCCAACAGGCCUGCGUAACACCAGCUACGCUGAGGACGCUCCACCCUACCCCACUAUCCGAAGGGUUCAGUCGCUGCACGUCCCCACCCCUGCUGCCUCUGCUAUCCGCUCCGUUCCCAUUUCACGGACCGAGGUACCUCCGGACGACGAGCCAGUGUACUGCCCGCGGCCCCUCUAUCAGUACAAGCCAUAUCAGCCCCACUCCGACUACCACGUAACUCAGCUGCAGCCUUACUUUGAGAACGGGCGGGUACAUUACCGGUACAGUCCUUAUUCCAGCUCUUCUGGAUCCUCUUAUUACACCACUGCUGACGGGAGCCUUUACGACCUGGACCCCUACAGCACCGUGCGGGUCAGACCUUUCCACCCCCUCCCCAGCCGAGACUUUGCAUCAUACGCCUCCCGGCUGCAAAGCAAGGGCCUGUACCGCUAUCCCAGCUUGUCUGCCUACCCCCGGGGUGGCCUCAUCAGCCACCUAGCAGGCAAAGAGCACAGCUUCAUCAGCAGAGACAUGCCUCCUGCCCCAGACAUCAAGCACAUGUACAUGUCGUGGGACCUCGAGGACAUGGAGAAGUACCGCAUGCAGUCUAUUCGCCGGGAGAGCCGCACGCGCCAGAAAGUGAAAGGGCCAGUGAUGUCCCAGUACGAUAACGUGGCCCCACUGCUGCAGGAGGAACUGGGAGGGCUGGAUGCGAUUCACUUGCGCAGCAAAUCAGAUCCCGGGAAAACUGGCCUCCUCACAGUGGCAGAAGGGAAGGAGGGGAGGUACCUGGCCAAAGCAGCUACGCCCGAGGGGGACGAACGUUACUACAUGCAGCACCCUGAGCCAGAGCUGGACAGAGCCCACUACCACGGCACCUACGGGAACGGGCAGUCAGAGAAGCCGUCCCUUCCCCAGAAGCAGAGCAGCGUCCGGAAUAGGAAGCUGCAUGAGCCGGGCUGCAACGCAAACGAACACAGGACGCACUUGCAGCAGGAAGCCAGCCACAGGCAGCCUUCCGAAUCCAAAAACGGGCCCCCUUAUCCCGACUACAGGCCCAAAGGUGGCCCGGAGCCCUCCGAGCCCCUGGGUUACCAGCACUCGGGCAGCAAGUACAUCCCGGCAAACCAGGAGACCCUGAGACUGAACCACAAGGAGGUGAGGUUGGCAGAGGACAGGCCGGAUUUGGAGAGGUCUCGAGCCAGGCCCACCACAUCCAUGGAGAAACACUCCAGAGACUGCUACAAAGAGGAGGAGCACGCCGCCUCUCCCAUGGCACCACCGCCCAAGCCCGAACGGAGCCACAGCCUCAGAAUGCAGCACCCUGAAACCAUGGAGAGGGACUCUGCCCUCCUCUACCCAUACCAAACCCUUGGGAAACGCCAAAGCACUAUGACUGUGGUGUCCCAGUAUGAUAAUUUGGAGGAUUACCAUACCAUGCCUCAGCACCAAAGAGGGGGCUAUGCUGGAGGAGGGGGGUUUGUGCCCCCCAGUUUUACCCACAUGCACAGUAGAACUUACGCCACGGCCCUUGGCCAGGGAGCCUUCCUCCCGACGGAGCUGUGUUUGCAGAGGCCUGAAACAGAGGUCCACGUCGAGUGAGCUGGUGCGGGGGGAAGGAGGGAUAGAGUCUAAGCAGCCUCUGCUGGACAGCGGACUGUUUUAUUUUUUCAGUGAUGGAAAAAAAAACCCAACCCUGCCCCGAUGAGCAAAGCAAACCCACCUUCAGCCCCACCCCUACCAGCUCACCACUCACUGUUUUUAUGUAGUAGAGAUAUAGCUUUUUCAUGUAGUUUUGAGACAACUGGAACGAUAGGGCAGGCUGUUUGGCAUGCAGUUGUUGCCAGAGAGGCCAGGAAGAGCUGAAAGAGAUGCUGUUGGGGCAGGGGGCGGGAAGGAAGAGUUUUUCCUUCCCCAGAUUUGACAUUGGCAGUUACCACCACUUCCUCACCAUGCCUCCAUGGUCCUGUGCAUGACGGACUGUGCAUGCAGCUGUUCUCCCUGUGAGCCCCGUGUGUAGUAAGUUGCCCUUCCCACUGCUAGCUUCCACGAAAGGGUCUCUGACAUGCCUCGGAAGAACCACUGUUCUGCCCCCUCUGAGGUUACGCAGCAAGAGCGGGCUAAAAGCUGGGCGGGGGGGAAAGACUUCCCAAGUAUUUUCUUCUUGAUGAAUGCCGAGGUCCUGCCUCUCCCUUGGAAAUUACUGCUUAGGCAUAGUGGAUCCACUUCAAUUGCUUUGAAGCGGGUGGGAGCCUGUUUUGACUUUAAGCCUGUGGAAUAGGCUCUGAAGCAAGUUCAAAAUACAACGCACUUCUUAAAUUGCUUGCUUAACAAGCUGCUUCUGACUACAAGAAAUCAAAUUACUUUCAAUUUCUCUAUUAUAAAGCAGAGGCCAGCUAUGGAAGCCAAGUAGGGCAGGUUUGCAUUUCUCAUACCAAAAGAAAUAAAACACAAAAAUACACCAAACCAUACACACACAGUUGGGAACAGCACACCCAUUUCAUGCCAAUACCUCUUUACUGCUAGGCUAUCUACAGUCCAGAUGAUUCAAUACCAUGUUGUGGCUGGCCAGACAGUAUCAUCUCUCUAGAAAAAAAAAUGCUAUAAAAAUAAUUUUAAAAAAAUCAUCUCUGUAGCAUUAUGUCCAGCUUGUAAAUUGGAGCCCAACUUAUCAGCUGGGAAUAACUGUGUAAGUGCCAAGUUAUCUGCAUGACCAGCUAUUUGCCCUGGGCCAGAUCCUGCAGCUCUUAGAUCAGGGAAUGCUCCUAUUGACCUUAAACUGAAGGUCUACAGGACAUUGCUUUCUGUAACCUUUAAGUUCUGUAUUGGCAAGGGGAUCCCUGUGAAGUUGUGGCACACACGGAGUAGUUACGUGCCAUCUGUGCGCUGUGAAAUAGUAUUGCCUCCCGUAUCGCAAGCGUAGCUCAUACCAGUAGUCAGUUAGCAGUAGGGACAGAAGGCCAGUGCACUCUAUAAUACGCUAAUAACAUUGUCCUAAGGUAUUUAAAAGCUUUCUGUAUUGUAAAAGAAGCCAGGCAGCAUCUCGCAUGCAGCCUCUCAGACAUUUUCCCAGGACUCUCUACAACCCCACCUUAUAAAUAAAGCACAUCCAUUUUGUCAGACAGGGCUUGCAAGCAAUACUUGAGAUUUAGGAGUUUUUAAAUGUUCACUGAUAAAUUCCAAGGCCAUUCCUGUUCCAUGUGGUUGAAGAACUUCUCUACCUGUUUUAAAUCUCCAAUGUUUUAUUAAAAACCUGGAGGUCCUGCAGUUAGCACACAGCUGUGAAAGUUAAAGGGACCUUAGAUGGUUUUUUGAACAAAAGUUUCAUGGCUAUUUUGGGGCUUUUAAGUCAUAUGGAAAACCUGCUUCUAGUAGCUAACUCGUCUUUAGCUGUUUGCUUCUUCUAAUCUUGUAGCCUUGUCUGGGGCUGUUCCAGUAACACUUCCGUAUGGUCCUAUUUUACUGUGCAACGCUGUUGUUUCAAGCAUUUUGUUUAGAAGAGUUGUUCUUACAUGUUACAGAAAUAAAUCUAGCAGUCAUAAAAAAAGAGAGGAAAAAAAGCAGCACUGUGAUCCAGGUUACCACAAUCUCCUUGUGAGUAAUUACCAGGUAGAGGGGUUGGUUUUUUGUGAGGGAAUGCUUUUUGUAAAUGUUUUCUUUUAAGGAAAACUAACAAGAAAAAAAUUACAUAAAAGAAAGGGGCCAUUAGGUGAGCCACCCUGUCUACAUUGCUAGCUAACUCCCUAGGAAAGGCUGACCUGUCCAGAUUCCUCGGUGCAAGCUCGCCAAGGGAGUCCAGUUUAAGUAUGUGCUCUCUCACUAGAGGCAUGUGUUGCAUUAGGACUAGUACCAGUCCUCAACCAUUGUAGCACAGUCCCCCCACAGCUGCCAGUUACCUGCCAAGGUCUCCAGUUGAAGCAGGGACAACAUGUUUGGUUCAGGCUAUUUGGGAUUCAGGUAAUUAGAGCUGUAGGUCAAACCUCUCUCUCCAUGAAAGCCUUAACUCCCCACUCCUGCCCCCCGCAGCAACUCUCCUAACCUCCAUUUUGGCCUUAUGUUAACCAGGACUAUCCUUCUACUAUGAGGGGGCCGAACCCAGCCCCCACUAAUUGCGAACGCCUCUCUGGAUUUUCCUGCUCAAAGCCACCGUCUCCCUCUAGAGAUCAAGUGCCAUCCCUGGACAACUUCUGUUCCUUACAGUCUUGUGCUACUACUGCCUGAGCCUGGGCUCUUUAGCUCACUGCAUUGUACGAAGUGCCAGGUGCUAAGCACCCUCUCGUCCCAUGGGAAACAAAAGCUUUCAGCACCUUUCAAAAAGAGCUUCUAGAAGUGCACACCCAUACACCCAGGUGGCUGCUACAAACAGCCUUCCUCUUGAGAGCGAGGAGGUCUCCAUUACAAAAAGACACAGCAGAAAACUUAAUACCCAGCGUCCUCCCAUCCCUCUGCACACAGCCACAUCAGCGUGUACUGCAAGGGCUGGAAGCUCUCAGAGAACCCAAACUAACUUCUGUACACCAGUGUUUUGAGCCACAAGUACAAAAAAAAAAACAAACAAACAAACCACAACAAAAAACCACCAAGGUUAAGGCACCAGCUUUUCCCAGACAAUAACACAGAUGAGCACCUUUCUUUUGGUAUUGCUGCUGCCCAUAGCUUAAACAUCUAGUACGAUUCAGCAGUCAUCCCCGCAUCCAUACCACGCAAAGCCAUAUAGUGAACUAUGCAGUUGUGCUCUUGCACUGCGGUUAAUCUGAUGGUCCUUAGAAAGAGUUCUACAUCCUGAUUAAUUGAUUCACAAUAAAGUCAAAACAUCCAGCUGUAUCUUUCCAGAAAUCAUAGCCGAGAUUAAAAAAGGCACUGUGCAUCAGAGCAAGGAGGGGAGGUUACACCAGAUGUCUAAGUAAGGUGGGUGAUCUGGAGGUAAAUUGGUUCUUAGUUCAGUUCUUAGCAUCCUAGCAGAAAAAUGGGAGAGAGCAAGGGGACGGCAACGCAAAUAAUGCUCUAUUGUGAGUCUAGUUCUGCUCAGAUUAAGGAAUUUAUCGCCUAACCGUAUCUCCAGCAAGAUGACAAGCAGCUAUGUCCUUAAAUAAUCCCCUUAUACUUGCCACAAGCUAUCUGCAUCUUGAAUUGCCACUUCCUAAGUUUUCAGCUGCGUUUCUCCCUAGUGCAUGCAAGAGUUAGGGUCCAAUGGCAUACUCCAAUUCUGGAUUUUCACCUCUGCUUUGGAGUGGAACGUGCAACGCAUAGGAGGCCUUCCCUGGCAAAGGGGGAGUGCAGACAUUAGGUCCGUAAUGAGGACCUAGCCCCUACAAAGUCUUAAGUAAAGCAUUAAUUUCUGAUUUUUAAAGAGUCUUAUCAGGUGAAAUCUAUAUGUAUAUAUGACAAAACACCCACAACUUUGUGCCUACGUCUUUCCAGAGAUCCUCAUUUUAUGCUCAUCGUUUGAGGGGGGGGGUCAGUAAGGAUUGCACAGUGGUAGUAAGUUGCUACACAAAACCAAAACCAACUUGAAAAACAUACUGUUCCUCUUUAACCCCAGAAAGGGACAGAACCUCAUGUGUACUCUGCCAUUCAUCAGUACGUUGACAGGGCAUUGACUAAAGUGAUGUGUUACAUGUUAGGAAAUCUGGAUGAGAAAUUGUUCUACUUAACUUUUGUUAAAGGCGGCUUAGGCAUGCAACUCUUUUCCCAGAGCCUCGUGCUACAGAUACCCAAUGUUGAAAGGCAUGGUCUGGUUUGAACAGACAUACAACAUAAUACCUUUGUGUGCAGAGUCUUGCCUCGUCCAGUCGGGGGGGGGGGGGGGGAGAGGGGAGUUUUGCAGUUCAUUUUCCUGCUGUAGAAGACUUGAUUUUUCUUUCCCUGAGCCGCAUGAGAGAAACAUCCCAGAAAGUCUUGGGUUACCUUUGGAGUUCCCUUCACUUUAAUUUAUAUAGUGUCUUUUUUUGUGAACUGGUGUAAAAUGUAUAUGCCGACAAGCUCAUGUAUUUUUAUGUAAAUAUUUUUUGUGGUUUCCCCACUUGCCCUUCUUCUGUAAAUAUUUAGAAUUCUCAUAUUCUUCUCACCUUGUAUGAUGCAGAUGUGGUUUUGUUUCUGUUUUUUAUUUGUACUGUAAUGCAACAAUCCAGACUGAGGUGUCUUGUGGUAUUAAACAAAAGCAACAGUCCCACUGAGCUCACACUCAGAUGUACAACUUGACAGCAUUAAUCAAGCCAGGUUAAAAACUA